UCAGUGGUGUCAACAGCGUUACCCGGGAAGUCCUGUUGUGUGGGUCUACGUUAUAUGCAACAGUUUUGUUCACCCCUGCAAACGCAUCGUUAGUUAUGGAGCAAGAGGUUUUUAGACUGAAGCAGCAGCUGCUGGAGAAAGAAAGAGAGAUAUCGGUUUUGAAGGAUACACUUGCUCAAUUGCAGACGUUAAAUCAGUCAAAUAAUACAUCGAUUGAGCUCCAGGAGAAAGUAACGCCACUGGUGCCUUUGAAAGAAAAAGCGACACUGUCCAACGAAGAAAUCAUGCGAUACAGUAGGCAGCUUCUCCUUCCGGAGUUGGGUGUGAAAGGUCAGUUGAAGCUGUCCCAGGCCUCGGUGCUAGUGGUGGGGUGUGGAGGAUUGGGAUGUCCCCUUGCUCAAUACCUGGCAGCAGCUGGUAUUGGCCGUUUGGGGUUGUUGGACUAUGAUGAGGUGGAGCUGAGUAACUUACACAGACAGGUGUUGCACGGAGAGGACACCAGGGGGCAGCCUAAAGCCCUGUCUGCAGCUCAGGCCAUCAGAAGGCUGAAUCCUGCUGUGGAGUGCAUUCCCUACCACUUGAAGCUCUCUCAUGAGAAUGCCCUCCAGCUCGUCCAACAGUAUGACAUUGUGGCGGACUGUUCGGACAACGUGCCGACCCGCUACCUGGUGAACGACGCCUGCGUGCUGAGCGGGAAGCCCCUGGUGUCCGCCAGCGCCCUGCGGAUGGAGGGACAGCUAACCGUGUAUAACUACAACGGCGGGCCAUGCUACAGGUGCCUCUACCCUGUGCCCCCGCCCCCAGAAACGGUGACCAACUGCUCUGAUGGGGGCGUCCUAGGAGUGGUGCCUGGGAUCAUGGGGUGCUUUCAAGCUCUGGAGGUCCUGAAGAUCGCCUCCGGACAAGCUUCUUCCUGCGGCCAGCAGCUGCUGACGCUGGACGCCCAGGACGUCCGGUUCCGGUCCAUCCGGCUGCGGCCGAGGCAGGCGGGGUGUGCCGCGUGCGGGGAGAACCCCACCGUGACCGCCCUGAAGGACUACGAGCAAUUCUGCGGCUCUUCCGCCACCGAUAAGUGCCGAAGAUUGUGCCUUCUCUCCAAAGAACAGAGAAUAUCUGUGAAGGACUACAAAGAGAUCUUGGAAGGUGGCACUCCCCAUCUUCUCCUGGAUGUGCGCCCUCUAGUGGAGGUGGACAUCUGCCACCUUCCCUUCUCCCUCUCCAUUCCUCUGGCCAGUUUAGAGGGCAGGAAGACCGAACAUGUUCAGUUGUUGAAGGAGCAAAUAGCAGAGACAAAGCAGCGGUUGAAGUCUGAAUCCUGUGUUCCAGUGUAUGUGAUCUGCAAGACGGGUAACGACUCCCAGAGGGCAGUCCAGAUCCUCCAGCAAAUGGCCAGUUUGGAGGUGGAGCCCAUCAGCCCCAAGGAUGUCAUCGGGGGCCUCAUGGCAUGGGCUCAGAAGAUAGACCCAUCCUUCCCGCAGUACUGACCUGAGGGCGUGUAACACUUGAUGUCAUCAGUGAUAAAGAACCCUCCGCACACCAUCCAUUCUCUUAAAUUUUCACCCUGUUUAUGUACAUUCACAAUUGAGAAGUCUUAGCGAUGACUGAUCAGUGAAUGUGUGCACUCUACUGCUGCCAGAUAGGUCUCCAUUUUUGCAACCUGAGAGUUCCUAUUUGGAUUAAACUUUCAACAUUUAGUCAUGAAGCAUGAUGCAAAGUAAACAACUACCUAAGAUAUAGAUAUAGACAAGAUGUACAGCUGCAUUUUUACAGUAAGUUGAAUAAGCAAGAGUUGGCUGAACCAUUGAUGGAUGUUGGACAUUCCCUUGCAGUAUGUACCCUAUUUGUAGGACAGGUGGUGAAAACCUGCACAAGAUGCAGGCAGGCUGGAAGAUCUUUGUUUAUCAUUAUCCAAGCCCCGAUUUGUUAAUACAAAUAAAUACAAUACAUGUUUUUUAAUAAA